UUAAAAAAUAUAUAUUUAUUAUGCGUUUGGUAGAUUGGACUUCUAAAAUUAAGUUACUCAGUUGUUGAUUCUUUACAAAGGAUCUUUAAAUUCCGGUAUUUUAGAAGCUAAUGCCCAUCACGAAUUUUCUCAUCAGAGAAUUUUUUGCGGCUGAAAGUCCGUACAACGAUCUCCUGAAUAUUCUAACAGAGCCUCAACCUCUGCUCGAAUUUCCCAAGAGUCGGAGCAUAAAACAGAAGGAAAAGCCCUUGAUCAAGACCUUGUAUCUAACUCUUUCGGAGAUAUUUUUCGGCGGAAUAAAGAAAAUGAAGAUUCAAAGGUUGGUCUUAAUCGGCGACGAUAAGUCGACGACGGUGCCGAUGGAGAAGAUCUUGACGAUACCCAUUAAGCCGGGAAUUCCAACGGGUAUCAGAAUAGUAUUUCCAGAAGAGGGUGAUCAGGGAGCUAUGAAGAUACCCGCGGAUGUUAUCUUCGUCACGGAGGAUCGGCCUCACGAAACGUUCCGGCGGGAAGGCUCGGACUUGCACAUGACGGUCGAUAUCUUUCUAAGGGAGGCGCUGACCGGAACGGUGAUCACGGUUAACACCGUCGACGACAGAACUCUUCGGAUCCCGAUAACGUCGAUUGUUACACCAGAUUACACGAAACGCAUACCAGGCGAGGGUAUGCCCUUUCCUGCAAAUCCGAAGCAAAAGGGUGAUCUGAUAUUAAAGUUUAACAUCGAGUUUCCGAUUUAUCUGCCGUUAUCCAACAAGAAUCAAAUUAAAAAAGCUUUCGAGGAGUUUUGUACAAGCAUCGAGCGUGACGAGUACACUCUCAUAUUAACCAAUAAAAUGCGCAGAAAUAUCGACGAUAACGUUCCAUUUCGACGUGGCGAUCGAUUGGAAUUUAUAUGUGAAACGUGAUUUCGAAAAUAUCUCUUGUAAGAUAUUUUACGCGUUAUUUGACAUGCAUAUCGUAUUCGAUGUCGUAAAUUUUUCGACAUUGUAAACUCUACGAGAAAUUAUGUAAGAAUGAAAUCUGCUCGAAAAUUGUCACCUUUGCGUGCAAUUAAUUAUUUCAUUGCAAUGCGUAAUUAAUAUUUAUAGCUGAAC